AUGAAGACGAAGCCCACGAUGGUGGACACCUUCGGGGUGAACAUGUACUCGAUAUGCUUCGGCAGGAAGCCAGGCUCGGACGGCUACCUCAUCUGGAGCGACACCGCGCCGUCGGUCAAGCCCGAGUAUUUCAGGCGCGUGCAGGUGGUGGGUAACCAUACGUGGAGCGUCUUGUUGAAGGAGCCCAGGUUUGUACACGACCCGGCAAGCGAGGCCAAGAAGUACGAAGGUGUGACGUUGGGUUGCGAGAAGGGGUGCGGGGCGCUCCUGGAUAGCGGCACGUCGCUCCUGGCACUACCAGGCCAUACGAUCAACGAGCUCGUCAAGGUCACGCUCGAGCCAGGGUUCGACUGCAAAAGAUUGCAUGACAUGCCAUCGAUUAAGCUCAGGCUUGGCGACCACGAUAUCAUCCUGCCGCCCGACACCUACGUCGCGGAGGUGACCGAAACCGGAACCAACGUGCCGCAGUACCUCCAGAGCUUCGUCCGCCUCCGUAAGUUCAAUGUCUCGAGCCACCAAGAGCCAGGGAGCCGCUGCGACCUCAUGGUCAUGGAGUCGGGGGCGGAGACGGCCAACGGACCGCUGUGGAUCCUCGGCGCACCCUUCUUCAGGCAGUACUACACCACCUUCGAGGUCGGGGGGCACACCAACGAGAGGCGGGCCGUGUACUUCUCGAGAGCCUCCGACACGUGCACGCCCUCCGCUCCGGAGGACUUCGAGAGGCACGUGCCACCGACGCAGCUCUACAGGCGCCUCAUCCAUCCGUCCAAGCUCUGGGUGCCGCCAACCGCCCUCGAAGCCCUCAGCGCCGAAUACGUGAAUCUGUGA